AUGACACUGCCAAAUAACACUUCAUCUAAUUUUAAUAUUCAUGAAAGUGAAUAUCUAUCACAAGAUAGAAAACCAUUACCACUUAGUAGUACACCAUCAACCGAGAAUAUAAUUUUGACACCACGAACUCAUACCCCAAUUCGUCUAAAUUCUCCACACAUAAAUAUGGCUGAAUUAGCGAUACAUAACAAUCAAAAACAACAACAACAACAACAACAACAACAACAACAAAGACUGAAACAAAGUUCCCCACUAUUUUUUUCUGAUACUAAAGUUUCAGGGCCAGGAACAGUAGCAACAAUGGCAUCAAUUACAACACCACACUGCCAGCACCACCAGCCACAGUUUUCUACUUUUUCACAAAUUCCAAACACAUCAUCUAAACCAACUUCUCAACUACCACCUGCAUCAGCACUAUCAUCAUCACCGUUGGAAAUGCCCAUUACAACAACACCAAGUUAUUACAACCCUCAAGAUUUAAAUGAUAACGAUAACCAUAGCAUCAAUAAUGAUAAUAAUCUUCCUCGAUUAGUUCAUAAAUGGUCACAUACUCAUUCAAUUUUGUGUUGUUUAGCAUCUCCCAAGAAUCGAUUAUUAUUUUGUGGUACUCAAGAUGGGAAAAUAUUAGUUUAUGAUAUGAAUACUUAUACAUUAACUCAUAUUAUUGGAAAUGAGAACAACAACACCAAUACUGAAGAUCAUCAUCCACAUCAUCAACUGGCUUCAAUAUUGACCAUAUGUUUAAAUAAAGAUGAAACUAAAUUAUUUGUUGCUGGGUCUGAUUCAUUAGUGAAAAUUUAUAAUUUACAAAAGAACCCCAAUGGUAGUGAUGAUGACAAAAAAUAUCAAUGUACUCAUGUAAUUUAUUCAUUAGUUGAUAUUGGUGAUAUUUUUUCAAUUCAUUGGUGUGAUUCAACUUCAACAAUUUAUAUUGGGGCUCAAAAUGCUUCAAUAUUAUGGUGUCAUAUUUCAUUUGAUAAUGAAGAUUUAGUAACCAAUGGAGAUAAUAAAAAGCAACCGUCUAACGGUAUAAAUCAUAAACAUAAACAUAAACAAUCAAGUCAACACCAGAACAACACCAACCACCAUCAACAAACUCAUCGUAAUAUCAAUAAUGGUUGUAAUGAUACUAAAAAUAUAUUGGAUAUUGAACGAUUACCACAUUUCCGAUAUGAUAAAUUUUUUGAUUCAAAAGGUCCUGGUGGUUCACAAAACACAUUACAAACAACUCAUAAUUUAUUAAAACGAAGAUAUUCUAAAACCACUAAUGAAUCAAAACAUCAUUCUUCAAUAAAAUUAAUUGAAUGCAAAAGUGACGAUAUUAUUAGAUUUGCUCAUAAUGGUUAUGUUUAUUGUCUAGAUGUUAUAACUAAUGCCACCAUUAGUGAUUCAUCUGAAUCAAAUUUUUUAAUAUCUGGAGGUGGUGAUGGAAUAAUUAAUAUUUGGUCAUUUAAUCACAAUCCCACAAUAGGAGUUAAAUUAAUUAAAGUUGCAUCAUUAGAAAAUGAUGAAUCGAUAUUAUCUAUGAAAAUCCAAGAUUCUUUACUUUAUGUUGGAUUAAGUGAUUGUUCAAUCAAUGUAUGGGAUUUAUUAACCUUACAAUUAAUUCGAUCAUUUCAAUUUGGUGAUAAUAAUUUUGAUGAAAUUUUAAGUUUGGAUAUUUAUGAUAAUUGUAUAUAUAAAGGUUCAUCAUCAACGGGAUUAAUUAAAUUAUCAAUUUUAAAUCAUCAAUUUAUAUCAGAUAAAAUUUUAAUGAGUCUGGAAAUUGAAGAUGGGGUAAUUAAUGCUGUGAAAAUAUUCCCCCUGGAUGAUGAUAAAAUUUAUUUACUUUCUGGUGCCAGUAAAUCAUUAUCUUUAUGGGAUAUCACGACAAGUAAAUCUACUACGAAUCAACGUCAUGAUAAAAAUUUAAAUGAUGAUGAAGAACAAGAACAAGAACAAGAACAAGAACAAGAAUUAUUGAAUGGGGAAUUACAUAAAAAACUUUCUAAUGAUGAUAUGUUAAUUAUGUUACAAAAAUAUGUUGCCUUUAAAACCAUUAGUAAAAAUCCUCAAUUAUAUUUAGAAGAAAGUCGUCAUUGUGCUCAAUUUUUAUGUAAAUUAUUCAAUAAUUUUGGUGCUUAUCAAACAAAAUUAUUACCCAUAAGUAAUGGUAACCCCAUUGUAUUUUCUGAAUUCAAAGCCAAUAGCACCACAAAUGGUACUGGCAAUGCCAGGAGACCUAGAUUAUUAUGGUAUGCUCAUUAUGAUGUUGUUGAUGCCACGAAAAAUGAAGCAAAAGAUUGGAAAACUGAUCCAUUUAUAUUAACUGCUAAAGAAGGUAAUCUUUAUGCUCGAGGUGUAUCGGAUAAUAAAGGUCCAACAUUAGCAGCAAUAUAUUCUGUAGCAGAAUUAUAUCAUCGUCAACAAUUGAAUUGUGAUGUUGUAUUUAUAAUUGAAGGUGAAGAAGAAUGUGGUUCAAUUGGGUUUCAAAAAGUCAUUAAUGAUAAUAAACAAUUAAUUAGUGGUGGCAGUGGUGGUGGUAACGGAACUACAGGAAUUGAUUGGAUCAUGUUAUCGAAUUCUUAUUGGUUAGAUGAUUUAACUCCAUGUUUAAAUUAUGGAUUACGUGGAGUUAUUAAUGCUUCAAUCACAAUUAAAUCCGAUAAACCUGAUCGUCAUUCAGGUGUUGAUGGUGGUGUUAGUCGUGAACCAACCAUGGACAUGAUGCAUUUAUUAAGCACUUUGGUUGACCCCAUAACUCGGAAAAUCCAAUUACCUGGAUUUUAUAAUGAUAUUUUACCAUUAACAUCAUCAGAAAAAAAAUUAUAUGAUACUAUUGCUCAAUAUCUGGGGAUUAAAGUAUCUACUUUGAUGACUAAAUGGCGUGAACCAUCAUUAACAAUUCAUAAAAUUCAAGUUUCGGGACCUAAUAAUAACACGGUGAUUCCACAAAUUGUUAAAGCUACUAUAUCAAUGAGAAUAGUACCUAAUCAAGAUUUACUGAAAAUUAAACAAUCUUUAAUUGAUACUUUAAAUGAAAAUUUCGCCAAACUAUCUUCUUCUUCUUCUUCUUCUAUGGAUACUACUACCAAUAGUAUUACGGGGAAUAAAUUAUCGGUGGAAAUUUUCCAUCAAGCUGAACCAUGGUUAGGUGAUCAUGAAAAUAAAGUUUAUUCAAUAUUAUUUAAAAAUUUGAAAAAUCAUUGGAAUCAAGAACCUUUAUUUAUUAGAGAAGGGGGAUCAAUUCCUCUGAUUCGAUUUUUAGAAAAAUGUUUUAAUGCUCCAGCAGCACAAAUACCUUGUGGUCAACUGAGUGAUAAUGCUCAUUUAAAAGAUGAAAAAUUACGAAUUAUUAAUUUGUUUAAAUUAAGAGCAAUCUUGACUGAUACUUUUAAAGAAUUAGGCAUGUCGUGA